AUGGCCAGACAAAUCUUACCCCAACGCUCUCUCACUACCACUCUAUCGGCCUUUCUUUAUCGCCGGUCAAUCUCCGCCGCCGCCGUCGAUGAACCCCUAAAUCCCACUGCCACUGUACCUCCUCCGUCACCACCACCACCACCACAUAUCUCCAAUCUAAGAACCAGAACUCCACUAGAGAAACAAUUCGAGACAUGGCUGGGAAAGCUCAAACCUGGAUUCACCUCAUACGACGUGGAUGAAGCUUUGCGUGCCCAAACGGACCCCGAUCUCGCCUUUGAUAUCUUCCGUUGGACCGGCCAACAACGUGGCUACAAGCACACUAGCACCACGUACCUCACCAUGAUUCAAAUAGCCGUCUCCGGUAAGCGUUACUUCCAGGCUGAAACCCUAGUGGAAGAAAUAGUCGCCGGGGCAUGCUCAGGUAGCGUACCUCUCUAUAACUCGGUUAUCAAAUUCUGCUGUGGCCGUAAGUUUUUAUUCAAUCGCGCCUUCGAUGUUUACAAGAAAAUGAUGAAUGGUGAAGACACCAAACCAAAUCUCGAGACGUAUAAGCUUUUAUUAGAUUCGCUUCUUCGAAGAUUCAAUAACGUGAAUGUUUGUUAUGUGUAUUUACGUGGGGUGAAAUCCUUAUCGAAACAAAUGAAAGCCUCAGGGGUGAUUCCUGAUACAUUUGCGUCAAAUAUGAUCAUCAAAGCACACGCCAAAUGUCACGAACUUGAUCAAUCAAUUAGGGUUUUCCGUGAAAUGGGGUUAUAUGGAAAUGAACCUAACGCUUACACAUAUUGUUAUCUGAUUCAUGGGCUGUGUGAAAAGGGUAGAGUGGGUGAGGGUUUAGGGUUUUAUAAGGAAAUGAGAGGAAAGAGCUUGGUGCCAAAAGGGAGCACUUACAUGAUUCUGAUUUGUAGUCUUGCAAUGGAACAGUUGUUCAAAGAUUCAAUUAAAGUCAUCUUUGAUAUGCUGAAUGAUUCUAUGCAACCUGAUAUGUUGACAUAUAAGACUCUUCUUGAAGGAUUGUGUAGGGAAGGUAGGGUUGAUGAUGCUUUCGAUAUUCUUGAAGAAUUCAGGAAGAAAGAUAGUUUUAUGAACGAGAAGACUUACAAGAAUUUGCUUAAUGGGUUACAUUAUGUGAGCUGCAAGUAGCUUUUGUACCUCUGUUUCAAGAACUGGAAGUCUAAAGGAGUUCCAUACUUGGCUGGAUUCCUAUCAUAGAAUACAAAUGCAAGGAGCCUAUCAAACCCCAUAUGUACUAUGACAAUUUGGUAACUACUAGUAUAUCUAUCUCCAUUGACUCGUAUAGUCAGCUACCGAAUCUGUCAAAAUGUUCUUUGUUAAAUCUUUUUUUUGGUAACCGUGGGUGUCUAGGCUGGCUUGCCUAUACCUUAGACUAAUCCCAUGGGGCUCUGAAGAUAAUAGCCAGGAAAAUCUCUAGUUGCCUAGAGGGACUUGAAUUGGCGAACUAUGGAGAGGAUCCCCAGGGCCUAGCCUUUUGUUUGCCAAUUGUGCUGGCCCUCGUAGUACACGGCAGUGGAAAGUUGGGGCAAAUGGCUGAAACCACUUAUACACAAUGUUGAUGGUAAUGGGAUUCUUGUGGUGUUGUCUCUGAAGGAUUUUUCUUUCUUUAGGUUGGAACAAUGUUCUCCCUUGAUGGAGUGUAAUAUUUGUUUUGCAAUUUACAGAAGUGGAAAGGCACUUGAUCCCUUGACAUGCUUGUUGAUCAAUCUGAAUAUGCAAUUAUAAAUGGUCAUGUAACAGAUGCUUGAAGGUUCCCUUGUUUAGUCCGAGUUGUAUGGCUUUAUCUGUUUCUGAGAAUCUGAUUUCGAGUUCGACUUUCUCCAUCUCCA